AUGAGAAGAAUGGCUCUUAAGAAAUUGAAGGUGAUACCAAAGGAAGGUUACUUAUUACUUUUGGACUUUGAUGAUGAGGACGAUGACAUAAAAGUUUCAGAGGAGGCUCUUUCGGAAGUAAAGAGCCCAGCGUUUGAUAAAAAUGAGAAUAUAUCGCCUCAAGCAGAAGCAGAUGAAGAUAUGGGAGAUGAAGUAGACAGUAUGUUGGAUAAAUCUGAAGAUGACAUUUAUAAGACGCUUCACAUAAAGAGAAAAUGGAUGGAAACUUAUGUCAAAGAAUCUUUCAAAGGCAGCAACCAGAAAUUAGAAAGAUUUUGCAAAACGAACGAACGAGAGAGGAAGAACAUCAACAACAAAUUUUGUGAGCAGUAUAUAACUACAUUUCAGAAGUCUGAUAUGGAUGUACAGAAAUUCAAUGAAGAAAAAGAAAAAUCAGUGAAUAGUUGUCAAAAAGAACAACAAGCAUUGAAACUGUCCAAAUGUAGUCAGAACCAGACCCUGGAAGCAGUUAAAGAAAUGCAUGAGAAGUCCAUGGAGGUUGUGAUGAACUUGGGGACCAAGAACUAA